GCAGUCACUUGAGUGUUUAUCGGUUUGCAAUGAUACUUACUAUGCUGAUGUUUGUAUCGUGUGAGGCUCGGCAACUAUGGGAGCGAGCACCAGAAGAUGGUAAGCUUGAAGGUAAAGUGGUGCAGGUGCACGUGGUCCACGGGUCGGGGCACGCGGAGCCCCCCGCCUGCUACCCCGGAGACCCCCACGCACGCGCCGCCGUCUGGAAGCACGGCCCAGGGGAACUCACGCAACAUGGCCGCCGUCAGGGCUUCCACUUCGGAGAGAACCUCCGCUCAAGAUACUUAAACCUCCUACCAAAAGAACGCACCUACAAAUACGUCAAAGCUACAUCGGCGAAAACCACCAGAUACCAAAUGACCAGCUCCGUUAUCCUAGCUGGACUUCUAUCACCUAAAGGCGACGACAUCUGGUCAACGGUACCAUGGCAACCAGCUGUCGUAAACACCGACGAUAUCCUCGCGAAGCCGAAGUGCGAUCGCCUAGAACAGCUUCAGAAGGAAUUGAAAUACGAAAUCGACUCUGAACAACUGUACUACUAUGUUAGUGUUAACGCUAAGACAUCAGUGAAGGAUCCGAAGGAAAUGCUGGAGAUCUUUACCUGUUUGGAGACUCAGAAACAGGCGGGGCUAGCCUUGCCUGCUUGGACGCGAGGUUUCUUCUAUCAGAUGAAGAGAGAAGCGGCGAAGACGUUUCGCUAUGACAACGAAGUCUCACGUUUGGAAGUCGGUCGCAUUCUAGACACUAUCACCAAGUUUAACUUUUCAGAUAAAGACAAUCGCAUAAACCUGUAUUGUACUGACAGCGUCACUGUAGGAGCGCUGAUGGCCGCUUUGAAAUUAAAUCAAACGGAGUCUCCGAACUUCUUGUCAGCAUUUGUGGUGGAGAUCAGGGAGCUGGAAGGUUGGCUUCAUGCUCAGCUGUGGUACAGAAGCGGGCCUAAUGAUGAACUCGCGCGAAUGGACUGGCCGGACUGUGGCGCCCGAUGUCCUUUGGUCAAAUUAAGAGCAUUAUUAGACCCGCUCAUACCCAAAAACUGGCAAAAAGAAUGCGCGUUAGACCAACAUAAGAACAACAGCGCAAAUAUCAUGCAUUUAACUCUAUUUCUGUUGACUUUUCUAUUCGUCUACGUGGCGACGGCCAGCUGUAAUAGAAUUUAUGAGUUUAUGAACGAUAUGAAGACUCGUAAUAAACGAUCGAAGAAGACGUUGGUAUAAAGAA